CAGAGUACAAAGGUUAAAAACAAAGUAAAAUGCUGUUGCAACAUCUUUCCUCUUUUUAAUGCACAGGAAACACACAACUAUACAUAUUCUCUCUUUAAAAAUAAAAAAGACUUUGAAGAUGAAAAUCACUUGGCUAAUGAUCUGGAUUGGAGCAGUAUUUUCAAAUCCAGUCACGGGUGAAUGCACUAUUACUUCUCAAUCUGUCAUUUGUGAGGAAUCUGCAAAGAAUUACUCUUCUAUUCCUACCUUAAGUAAAAAUGUUACUAAAUUGUAUCUAAGUAACAACAGCAUUCUUUUAAACAGAACUGACAAAAAGGUUCUUCAGCUAUUUAUUAACUUGACUGAAUUGUAUCUCAAUGAAAAUGCCAUUACUGUGCUAUAUAAUAAUACCUUCUACAAGCUGUCAAAACUCACAAUUCUAGAUAUAAGUCAUAAUUGUAUCAAUACAAUUGAACAGGCUGCAUUUGCAGGUCUAAAUCAACUAUCCACAUUGUAUCUAAAUCAUAAUAAAAUAUUCCAGAUGGAUUCUUACAUAUUUACAAUGCUGAAAAACCUGAUGGUUUUGAGUCUACAGGGCAAUUUGUUGGAGCACUUGGAUAUAAAAGCACCAUUUAAACCAUUUAGAAUUAACUUAAAAAGAAAUCCAUGGAAUUGUUCCUGUGGCCUGCUCCAUUUACAGAAAUGGUUGAAUCUCUCAUAUGUGAAGCUAGAACAUGAAAAUGACACUUUGUGUGAAUAUCCAAAUGCCUGGAACAAAUUUUCCAUCAAGACGGCACCUAUCCAAAAAUCUGAUUGUGACUCAGGAAGAGGCUCUCUCACAAAGGCUGCACUUUCUAAAUCUACCAUUAGUCCUAAAACCAUUGUCAUUUUAACAUCUUCUCUCGACUCUUCAAACAACAGUAUUAGGAGCAAUGCAUCACAUCCAGGUUCUCCACCUCUUGGCAAAACUUGGGCCUUUCUGCUGGGUGUUGUGGUUUUUGUCCUAAGCACUUCAUUACUGAUUCUUAUUGCCAUAAAAUUCCCAAUGUGGUACCGCUACUUGAUCAGCUACAAUCACCAUCGUCUGGAAGAGCAGGAACCAGAAAUGUUUGAAAAGGAGUUUACAACUGAUCUGGGCACUCCUCCAUCAGUAUUAAACAUCAGUGAGCAAUAUCCCACUGUAAUAUUUGAACAAACUCAUAUAUUCACACUUGAUGAGGAUGGUUUUAUUGAGGACAAAUAUAUAGAUGACCCUGGAUUAACUGAAAAGGUUUAAAUUCGUAUAUAAUGGAUGAUAUUUUGACUUUUCAAGAGCUGAUUAUAUAGGAUCAAUACAUUCAAAAUAUUUUAAAUAAAUAUUUCUAGUAUAUAUUAUAGAUUGAAAACAAAGCUUUUGGACAAAUGUGUGCUACAUAUUGUAUUAAAUGAAUAGGUAAGAAAUUUGGUGAUGUGCAUGCAUUACCACAGUAACAAAUAUUUUAAAAUAUAUAAGCAUAGUCCGACACUAAAAAUCUCACUGUGUAAUUAUAAUAGGGAAAAAUUACACCAAGUUCUUAUAUAUUAUUUUUUCAUCAGUAGAUUUCAAAACACUUUACAAUGAUAGCAUCAUUACUUCUGUUUUACAGCCAGGAACUGAGACAAAGUGUGGUGAAAUGACAUGUCCCAGCAGGCCACUGGCAGCAGUAACACUUGAACCCAGGUCUUCCGAGUCCUAAUUCAAUUCUCUAGCCAUUAGGCAAAACUAAGAACAUUGAAUAGAGCAACUAGGAUUUUCUAGCUAAGCCACAUUCAGUUUUAUUUAUUCAUAAACAAAAAAUAGUUGUUUGAGUAAGCAAAACAAAAGGCUGUUUCACCAUGUCCCCCACAUCACUUACAUCCAUCCAUGAACAAAAUACCAUUAUCACAUACUGAAUACUUUAUUUUAUUCCACUGUUGACUGAUGUCUCUUUAAUGUUAUGAAAACUGCCAAUGUAGAACAUAUUUUUAACCAUGUAAAGAAAAGAUUGAGGCAUUUCAGUUUUUAAACUGCAAAUAGAUGAAUCUCCUCAAGAUUUUCAAAUAUUCUUAAAAUCAAGUUGUUGAGAUAUAGGGAAACAUUUCAUUUAAGGAAUAAUGUAUAGUAAAUGAGAAAAUGGACAGUUUUUAAUAUUAAAAGAAAAUAUAUUUCUUAUUAUUUCACAAAAGGGUUCAUAAAAUACAAUGGAUAGCAAUGUCCUUACCAUUUCACUGUUUUUUUAUUGAAGUCAUAAAAUCUUUAGAUUGUGUAAAAAAACAAGACUGGAAACAUUAAUGGCCCAAAUCUACCUUCAAACAGACCCACUGGAAUAUAUGCUAUUGUUUCAGGAAUUUAUGGGGGUAGAACUGGCGCCAAUUGUAAAAGCAAAUUAUAGAAAAUUAUAUAAAACAGUUGGCAGGGAUGUGACCAUUUUUAGAAUAAUCAGAAAUCACAAAACAACUCAUUGUAAUUAUGUUAUGAUGGCUAUGACAAUAUUUACUUGUUUCAGUCAGGAAAUCAAACUUUAAAACAAUCUUGAUGAGAGACUAAAUGCUGUCAAAGAACAAAUUGUUUUUUUUUAAAAGGUGACACUGAUUCUUACAUAAUUUUUUUAUAUAGCUUCAUUUACUUGAUGAACAUAAAUGCUGUAGUGACAGUACACCUUGUAUGAUUGACCUGAUAAAUUCUGAUUGACUUAUGAGAACAAAUCCAUUAUAUAUUUUAAGUUAUUUAGAAAUCAAUUUCUUUAUUAAAAUGUAUUGAAAAUAUUUUAAAUAUACUUUAAACACUAAGUUGACUGAGGGACUGAAGUUUUAAUCCUUACGAACCUUAUUCAGUGACACUUGUAGAGAAUACAACCAACUCUUAGGGAAUAUUUUUUGAGUUAAAAAUUGUCUGACCAGUUAAAUCAUUUCUUCAUCCUGACUCAUUUUAAUAAGCUAUUUUAUACUAAAAUUCAAUUUUCUGAUAUCUGAUGU